CAAACCCCGACAUUGACGUCACAGUGCUUACCAAGGCAGCAUGGCGCUCCUCGGUUGCUAGAAUGAUAAUAGCGCAACGGUGUUUUUAAAGAGUUUUGAAGGCUAUCGCCGAUCUUCAGCGCGUCUAACUGGCUUACCAUCGUCAGGUGUGUGGUUUCCUUCUUGACAAGUUACAGCUGGAUGAUUGCGGGACGUAGUCCGGCCUCAUAAUGCAGACUUUGAAGGUCGCCCGGGUUGCCUCAGGAGCAUUAAAAGCCCUCGGAUCAGGCAGGCUGUUCCGCUCUGAGCUACUCACGGCGUCUUUAAGCCAUCAUUUCUCAGCGACACAGGCUCAUUUUUGUCAAACUGAGCCGAACCCAGAGGACACGGUGAUCAUCCGCGUCCCACGCUACUUGCUAAAGCGCGUGGAAAACGUGAAGCAAGCCCGAGGCAAACCCAAGAUCAGCACCGUCAAAGCGGGCAAGUUGCUGAUCCAGAGCAGGAACCCUUCUCUGAACCAGUCUGCCGGGUUCACCGCGGGGAAGUUCGAGCAGCCCGUCCUCUGCUCCAAGGGAUGGAAACACAAUAAGUCAUUUGGUGACUACUUCACCAUCAACAACAUCAAAGAAGUGGCUCCUUUUAUUGCAGCCAGCCAGAGUGGGGACACCGAGCAGAAAUCACCCACAACCUUUCAGAAUCUUCACAUCUGCAAGGAGCUGGUUGAAACUUUGGAGAGAGUCGAGAUCACGCACCCCACUAUUGUCCAGCUUCAGACCAUUCCAAAGGUCAUGAGAGGUCACAACAUCCUGUGUGCUGCAGAAACGGGCAGUGGGAAGACCCUGAGCUACCUGCUGCCUGUUGUUCACAGGCUGCAGGAAAACACGCAAGACAAAACGACGGACAGGAUCCGAGCCGUGGUUGUGGUUCCGUCCAGGGAGCUGGCUGAGCAGGUGGCGGCUGUGUCCAGGACUCUGUGUAUGCCGUUGGGUUUGCGUACUAGUACUGUGGGUGGAGGACGAGGUGUUGGUCACAUCAAGACAGUCUUUAAAAGGGAUCAUCCAGAUAUCUUGGUGGCCACACCAGGUGCCCUGGUUAAAGGCCUGCGUAGAAACUGCUUGGAUUUGAGCGAGCUGAACUUCUUGGUUGUGGACGAGGCCGACACCAUGUUUGACCCCAGCUUCUCUGAUUUACUUUCGGAAAUUUUAUCUCAUACAAACAUUGCGAGCAAUCCCAAGGAGACACGAGGCCUGGGCCAUAAAACCCAGCUGCUCCUGAUCGGAGCGACCUUCCCAGAUGGGGUCGGAGAAGUUCUCAGCAAGGUGACAGACCUGGGCAAAAUUAUUACAAUUAAGAGCAAGAUGCUGCACUAUCUCAUGCCCCACGUCAAGCAGACCUUCCUGAAGGUAAAGGGUGCCGACAAAGUCCUGGAGCUUUACCAAUACCUGACUAAGCUCCAGCAUGAAAAAGGAGGAGGUGCUGCUCUGGUGUUCUGCAACAAGUCCUCCACCGUUAACUGGCUGGGCUACUCACUGGAGGAGAUGAAGGUCCAGCACGCUCGCCUACAGGGGGAAAUGCCUGCUGUGGUGCGGACGGGAAUCUUUCACUCCUUCCAGAAGGGCGCUGUGAAUGUUCUAAUAUGCACGGACAUAGCUUCACGUGGCCUGGACACUUCCAGGGUGCGCUUGGUUGUCAACUACGACUUCCCUGAGUCCCACACGGACUACAUCCACCGAGCAGGGAGAGUGGGGAGAGCGGGAGGGGUGGAGGACGGGGAGGUGCUCAGCUUCGUCACGCACCCCUGGGACGUGGAGCUGGUGCAGAACAUCGAGACGGCAGCUCGAAGAAAGACCAGUUUGCCGGGGAUGAAAUCUGAGAUCCAGGAGCCGAAAGCUAAAGUGGAAAACACAGAGCAAAUGAUUCACAUGUUGGGAGAUAAUUAAUGUACAGCAAUGAGAAAAACUGAUUGUAUAACAUGUGAAUGAUGAAGAAAAUGUUGUAUUGCUGGUUAUUCCGUCAUAUUUCUGUGAUUAUUCUUAUUGUUAGAAAUAUUUCAAUUCUAAUUCAGGGGUGUGCAAAUUGCUGUCUUUGAUUUGUUUUUUGUGACCCCCAUCCAUGGUUCAAGAGUGGCAGGAAACUACACCGCUUUUAUUUUUACGAGACUUUUUCAGACCUACAAUAAUGUGUUCUUUUCUGCUUUGAUUAAAAGUAUUGCAUUUUUAAUUUAUUGCAAAGCAAUGAAAAGUAACAAAUUCUGAUUAUUUUCUGCUUUUAGUUGGACAAAUAAAAAAUAUGACCACUGAGUUCUUUCAACUUGCCAGUUCUGGAUCCAAGGUGCAAAAAGUUUGGACAAUGCUGCUGUAAUCGAAAUAAAAAGCUAUUUUUAAAUUAAAGCAGUCAUUGAAUUUACAAAAAUGUUAGCUGAGUAGAUGCAAAAGAAGGUUACCGUUUUAUACAUGGUCAACAAUUGUUAGGGUUUUAUAAUAUCUUUUCAUUAAAUUAAAUUCUAUGUGCAUAUUCUGUAGAUCCUUGUACAAAUACAAGACAUCUUUUCUGGAGUGAAUUUGUUGUUGCAUUUUCACAUUGUCUAAAUCUGAUCUUUCUACUUUCACUGGGCUAACAAAAACGGAAAAUUCUGAAAAAAUGAAAGUCUGUAGAAAUAUGGAAUUUUGAAACAAAAUGUGCAGAAACCCUUUUUGUAUUAUAUAUUUAUUCUACUGUACGGUUAUAAAGUUUGGUUUUCACAUUUGUUUCUUUAAACAAAGAGAUCUUUCGGAAUUAUGAAUCACAAUGAAAAUUGUAUUUCUUGCCUGACUAGAACUGUCGGUGUUAUUUUCUUGCUUAAAUAAAAAUAUGAUUUUUU